GAAAGAGAGGUCCCACACUGUUGUGGCUGCCGAGUGGUGCAGUGUGGGCUCCGGGUUACCUAUCACAAUCUGGAAACUUUCUUCAGACAAAUCUCUUCAGAACUCAUAUCGUUUUCCGGUAUUGUACGUUUAACAGUUAUUAGUUGUUUCGCAUUUAUUCGCAACCGAUUUCCAAUCUGGAAGCGAAAUACUAAGUCUCCAGAUUAUACAGUACGCAGUGUGGUUGUUCACGUGGAGUCUUGCAGAGCUGCAAAGUCGGAUGCACGUUUAGGCCAGACAGGGUUGGCUAAUUGCGCAUAUUAUUUAAAACAAUUCUUACGGCGAAAUCGGGAUUUGGGAUCUGAAGACAGUAUUUAGAACAACAGACGACAUAUAGAACAAUGACAGCGAAAAUGGCUUCCCUCGUGUUGGAAGACGGUACAGUUUUUAAAGGCCGCCUUUUUGGAUCGCAAACUUCAGUGUCUGGUGAAGUUGUGUUUCAAACUGGCAUGGUUGGCUAUCCGGAAGCACUGACAGAUCCGUCUUACAAAUCUCAAAUUCUCACUCUCACAUACCCGCUGGUUGGCAACUAUGGCAUUCCGAAGGAUGAAGAGGAAGACUCUGGCCUCAGCAAGUGGUUUGAGUCUUCUAAAAUCCAUGUUGCUGCCCUUAUUGUUGGGGAGGUUUCCUGGAACCCAAGUCACUGGAGCUCUGCUAUGUCUCUGGACCAAUGGUUGAAAGAGCAAGGAAUUCCUGGGCUUGAAGGAGUGGACACCAGGUGUCUGACCAAAAAGAUUCGUGAGAACGGGACCAUGCUGGGGAAGCUUGUGUUGGAGGGAUCACCAGUUGAGAACAUUCCAUUUGACAACCCGGACACAAGGAACCUCGUCAAAGAAGUCUCUAUGAAGGAGCCCAAGGUGUUCAACCCCACUGGCGAUGUCAGGAUCACUGCGGUGGACUGUGGCAUUAAGCACAAUCAGAUCCGCUGCCUGUGUCAAAGGGGGGCCUGUGUGACGGUGGUGCCCUGGGACUACCCAUUGGACAGCAAAGACUUUGAUGGUUUGUUCCUCAGUAAUGGUCCUGGAGAUCCAGUGUUUUGCAAAGAGACGAUUGAGAAUGUGAAGAAGGUUGUGUUUCAAGGGAAUCCCAAGCCUGUGUUUGGAAUCUGUCUGGGCCACCAGAUCCUGUCUCUUGUCAUUGGAGCCAAGACCUACAAAAUGAAGUAUGGGAAUCGUGGACACAACCAGCCAUGCAUUCAUGAAGACACGCAGCGCUGUUUCAUCACCUCUCAGAACCAUGGCUUUGCGGUGGAUCCCAGAACUCUUCCGCAGGACUGGUCUGUGCUCUUCACCAACGCCAAUGACCACAGCAGUGAGGGGAUCAUUCACAACUCCAAGCCCUUCUUCAGUGUCCAGUUCCACCCAGAGCACAUGGCUGGCCCAACAGACCUGGUCAACCUCUUUGAUGUGUUUUUAGGCACAGUACGAGACUUCAAGCAGGGGAAGAACUCGAUAACAGUUAAACAGAGGCUUACUGAACAUCUUACCUAUCCGAAGGCCCCAAAACCAGAGGACAUUGUCCGCCCACGAAAGGUCCUUAUUCUGGGCUCAGGUGGUCUGUCGAUUGGACAAGCAGGAGAGUUUGAUUACUCUGGAUCUCAGGCCAUAAAGGCUCUAAAAGAGGAGAACAUUCAGACAGUCCUCAUCAACCCCAAUAUUGCCACAGUGCAGACAUCCAAGGGGCUGGCAGACAAGGUGUAUUUCCUUCCUAUCACGCCAGAAUACGUCACGCAGGUGAUCAAAAAUGAACGCCCGGAUGGGGUCCUGCUUGCCUUUGGAGGCCAGACGGCUCUUAACUGCGGCGUGGAGCUGACGAAGCUCGGGGUGCUGGAGAAGUACAACGUGCAGGUGCUGGGGACACCCGUGGCCUCCAUUGAGAUGACGGAGGACAGAAAGGUGUUCGUAGAGAAGAUGGAGGAAAUUAACGAGCAUGUGGCGCCCAGCGAGGCUGCUCACACUCUGGAACAGGCUCUGAUGGCAGCAGAGAGGUUGGGGUUCCCUGUACUGGUCCGUGCGGCCUUUGCGCUGGGAGGACUGGGUUCUGGGUUCGCCAACAACAAGGAGGAGCUGACUGCCCUAGUCACACAGGCCUUCGCCCACACAUCCCAGGUCCUCAUUGACAAGUCCCUGAAAGGCUGGAAGGAGAUUGAGUAUGAGGUGGUGAGGGAUGCAUACGACAACUGUGUUACGGUAUGCAAUAUGGAAAAUGUUGACCCUCUGGGCAUCCACACUGGAGAGUCUAUUGUGGUGGCUCCUAGCCAGACUCUAAAUGACCAUGAAUACAACAUGCUGAGGAAUACUGCCAUCAAGGUUAUUCGCCACCUAGGAAUUGUGGGAGAAUGCAACAUCCAGUAUGCUCUGAAUCCAGAAUCCGAGCAGUAUUAUAUAAUUGAAGUUAAUGCCCGUCUGUCUAGAAGCUCAGCUCUGGCGAGCAAAGCAACAGGUUACCCUCUGGCAUAUGUGGCUGCCAAGCUUGGACUGGGCAUUCCCCUACCAGUCCUUAAGAACUCUGUCACAAACUCUACAACUGCUAACUUUGAGCCGAGUCUAGAUUACUGUGUGGUUAAAGUCCCUCGCUGGGACCUCAGCAAAUUCCUCCGGGUCAGCACCAAGAUAGGCAGCUCUAUGAAAAGUGUGGGGGAGGUGAUGGCCAUAGGUCGUAGUUUUGAGGAGGCAUUCCAGAAAGCAUUGAGAAUGGUGGAUGAAAACUGCGUAGGUUUUGAUCACACAAUCAAACCAGUCUCUGAUGAGGAGUUACAGACUCCCACAGAUAAGCGUAUUUUUGUGCUGGCAGCUGCUCUACGAGCUGGAUAUUCAGUGGAUCGUCUAUAUGAGUUGACAAAGAUUGACCGCUGGUUUCUGCACAAGAUGAAGAACAUCACUGACCACAGCCUCAUCCUGGAAUCGUACCGGCAGGGUGAGACUGCCAUACUCCCUGAGGUGCUGAGGACAGCAAAGCAGCUGGGCUUCUCUGAUAAACAGGUUGCUCUAGCGAUACAGAGCACAGAGCUGGCUGUCAGGAAGUUGCGCAAGGACUGGAAAAUCCUGCCUAUGGUGAAGCAGAUCGAUACAGUGGCAGCUGAGUGGCCGGCCCACACCAAUUACCUGUACCUCACUUACAACGGCACAGAGCAUGACGUGAGCUUCGACGAGCCCCAUGUCAUGGUGAUCGGUUCAGGGGUGUACCGCAUCGGCAGCAGCGUGGAGUUUGACUGGUGUGCUGUGGGCUGCAUAAUGGAGCUGAGCAAGAUGGGCUACAAAACAAUCAUGGUGAAUUACAACCCUGAAACAGUCAGUACAGAUUACGAUAUGUGUAACCGGCUCUACUUUGAUGAAAUUUCUUUUGAGGUGGUGAUGGAUAUUUAUGAAAUGGAAGACCCUGAUGGUGUGAUCCUGUCAAUGGGAGGGCAGCUUCCCAACAACAUUGCCAUGUCACUCCACAGACAGCAAUGCAGGAUCCUGGGCACCUUGCCAGAGUUUAUCGACUCGGCCGAGAACAGGUUCAAAUUCUCCAGGAUGCUGGAUUCCAUCGGAAUAAGCCAGCCCCAGUGGAAGGAGCUUUCAGAAAUGGAGUUAGCCAAGAAGUUCUGUGAGUCUGUGGGCUACCCGUGCCUGGUCCGCCCCUCCUACGUCCUGAGUGGGGCUGCCAUGAACGUGGCCUACUCGGACAGCGACCUGGAGAAGUACCUCAACAAUGCCAUGGCUGUGUCCAAGGAACAUCCUGUGGUUAUUUCCAAAUUCAUUCAGGAAGCUAAGGAGAUUGAUGUGGAUGCCGUGGCUUGCGAUGGGGUGGUUAUUGCCAUUGCGAUAUCUGAGCAUGUGGAGAAUGCUGGGGUUCACUCUGGAGAUGCCACACUGGUUACACCACCCCAGGACAUCAACCAGAAGACCAUGGAACGCAUCAAGGCCAUUGUACACGCCAUUGGCCAGGAACUCCAAGUUACAGGGCCCUUCAACCUACAGCUUAUUGCCAAGGAUGACCAGCUGAAGGUGAUAGAGUGCAAUGUGAGGGUGUCCCGCUCCUUUCCUUUCGUAUCCAAGACCCUGGGCGAGGACCUGGUUGCCUUGGCAACCCAGGUCAUCAUGGGGGAGGAGGUGGAGCCCGUGGGGUUGAUGAAGGGAAGAGGAAUUGUUGGUGUCAAGGUCCCUCAGUUCUCCUUCUCCCGGCUGGCGGGGGCAGAUGUUGUCCUGGGAGUGGAGAUGACCAGCACUGGGGAGGUGGCCUGCUUUGGGGAGAACAGAUAUGAGGCCUACCUAAAAGCUAUGCUGAGCACUGGGUUCAAGAUCCCCAAGAAGAAUAUACUGCUGUCUAUCGGGAGCUACAAGAACAAGAGUGAACUGCUACCUACAGUGCAAACCCUUGAAAGUCUUGGAUACAACCUGUAUGCCAGCCUGGGCACCGCAGAUUACUACACCGAACACGGAGUGAAGGUAAUGGCAGUGGACUGGCCAUUUGAGGAGGAGAGCGAUUGCCCAAACAAAGAAAAGCAGAGGAACAUCAUGGACUACCUGGAGGAGAACCACUUUGACAUGGUCAUCAACCUGUCCAUGAGGAACUCUGGAGGCCGUCGGCUCUCCUCCUUUGUCACCAAGGGCUACCGCACUCGCAGGAUGGCCAUUGACUACUCUGUCCCCCUAAUUAUCGACAUCAAGUGCACAAAACUCUUCGUGCAGGCACUGCGUCAGAUUGGGGAAGCUCCACCAGUUAAAACACACGUGGAUUGCAUGGCAUCACAGAGACUUAUUCGCCUGCCAGGGCUGAUUGAUGUCCACGUCCACCUGCGUGAACCGGGAGCCACCCACAAGGAAGAUUUUGCCUCUGGCACUGCAGCAGCCUUGGCAGGAGGUGUCACUCUGGUGUGCGCAAUGCCCAACACAAACCCUGCAGUACUAGAUUCCAGCUCACUUGCCUUGGUCCAGAAGCUGGCUAAGGCAGGCUGUCGUUGUGAUUAUGCUCUCUUUCUUGGAGCUUCCUCGGACAAUGCUGCCAUUUUGCCUUCAAUUGCAAGCUCUGCAGCUGGUUUGAAGAUGUACUUGAACGAUACCUAUUCCACUCUCAAAAUGGACAAUGUAUCCCUCUGGAUGGAGCAUUUUGAGAAGUGGCCAAAGCACAUGCCAAUUGUUGCCCACGCAGAGAAGCAGACGGUUGCUGCCAUUCUGAUGGUGGCUCAACUGUACCAGCGACCAGUUCAUAUCUGCCAUGUGGCAAAGAAGGAAGAGAUCAAGAUCAUCCGAGCUGCUAAAUUGAAAGGGAUCCAGGUGACCUGUGAAGUUGCCCCUCACCACCUGUUCCUGUGUGAGGAGAACGUGUCGGCCAUUGGGCUUGGUAGGGCCCAGGUCCGCCCCAUGCUGGGCACAAGGGAAGACAUGGAGGCCCUGUGGGAGAACCUUGACAUCAUCGACUGCUUUGCCACGGACCACGCCCCUCACUCUGUGGAGGAGAAGGACAUGAAGAAUCCACCCCCAGGAUACCCUGGCCUGGAGACCAUGUUACCGCUGCUGCUCACUGCCGUGAGUCAAGGCCGACUCACUGUUGACGACAUUGUGAAGAAGCUGUAUGAAAACCCCCGAAAGAUCUUCUCCCUGCCUGUCCAGGAAAACACCUAUAUAGAGGUGGACUUGGAGCAGGAGUGGACGAUUGCAAGCCACAUGCAGUUCACCAAGUCCAAAUGGACUCCCUUUGCAGGCAUGAAUGUGAAGGGCAAAGUGAGAAGGGUGGUGCUCAGAGGAGAGGUGGCCUACAUUGAUGGCCAGGUGCUGGUACCUCCAGGGUAUGGGGAAGAUGUCAGGACAUGGUCACCAAGAAUGCCUACUCCUCUUCCUGCUGAGUUGGCAAAGGACAGCACCAAGACUCCAGAGCGGACCCGGCAGGGAGAAAGGGGAGAGACUAUCCGCACCCGCGUCCCCAGCCCUCGGAGAGUCACCCCCGGUGCCGGUGACAGCCGCUUCAUGUUGCCUCCCAGGAUCCACAGAGCAUCUGACCCCGGGCUGCCUCCAGGUUCCAGGAAAACUGCCUCAAAGACCUUUCUGAUCCACUCAGGCUUUGCUGAGGAGGCAAAGGAGAAACCAAUAAGAGCAUCUUUUGAUCAAGACUCUCUUUCCCUGGAUGGCGCCUCUCAUCAUCCUGCGUUGGGUCGUAUCCUGUCCCCUCAGACCAUAGGACACCAAAGUGUCAGUCACCUGCAGACUUCUCCUCUCCUGCAUCCCUUCAUUGGGCAGCACGUCCUUUCUGUCCAGCAGUUCACCAAGGAGCAGAUGUCCCACUUGUUCAAUGUGGCCCAUACCCUUCGCUUGAUGGUGCAGAAAGAGAGAAGUCUGGAUAUUUUGAAGGGUAAGGUGAUGGCCUCCAUGUUCUAUGAAGUGAGCACCCGCACCAGCAGCUCGUUUGCGGCGGCCAUGCACAGACUGGGAGGCUCUGUGGUUCAUUUCUCGGAGUCCACUUCGUCCAGUAAAAAAGGGGAGUCCCUGAGCGACUCUGUGCAGACAAUGAGCUGCUAUGCUGAUGUGCUGGUGCUGCGUCAUCCCCAGCCUGGAGCUGUUGAGACUGCAGCUAAGCAUUGUCGGAAGCCUGUUAUCAAUGCUGGGGAUGGUGUGGGCGAGCACCCAACACAAGCCCUGCUGGAUAUAUUCACUAUCCGAGAGGAGCUGGGAACUGUGAACGGCAUGACGAUCACGAUGGUUGGGGACUUGAAACAUGGUCGAACUGUCCACUCCCUGGCCAGGCUGCUGACUCAGUACAGAAUUACUCUGCGCUAUGUGGCUCCCAAGAACCUGCACAUGCCUCCUGACAUCAUCAACUAUGUAGCUUCCAAAGGCAUCAAGCAGGAGGAAUAUGAUAGCAUUGAGGAGGCACUCCCUGACACAGAUGUGCUGUACAUGACCAGGAUUCAGAAGGAGAGGUUUGCUUCAGAAGAAGAAUAUAACGCUUGCUUUGGGCAGUUUAUCUUGACUCCACACAUCAUGACUGGAGCUAAAAGGAAGAUGGUGGUAAUGCAUCCUUUGCCCAGGGUGAAUGAGAUCAGUGUUGAAGUGGACACAGACCCUCGUGCUGCCUACUUCAGGCAGGCUGAGAAUGGCAUGUACAUCAGGAUGGCUCUGCUGGCUACCGUUCUGGGCAGAUAAUGGCAGUGACCUGGAAACUGCCUAAGAGUAUCCACCCCACUCUUGGAGCAAGGCUAUGGACCAACUCGGCUUACUUGCUGCCUCUGAAGGGACCAAAACUUCUGCUAUUACAGACUGCAGUUUUUUAUGUAAUGGAAGUGGCUCAUUUCUUGGAUUUAACACAGAAGAAAAAACAAAUUGAAAACUGAAAAGACCUCACUGACUGGUAUUUACCCCAGUGAUGUGUUCAGAGUUAAAGAAUUGGACCGUUAAAGUUGGUUAGGCUGGCAGAAGGAUAUCAAAUAGAAACUUAACCAAUUACACACUGCGAUUCUUCCUAUCUGCGGUUUGUACACUUAAAAUGAAACUCAUUCCAUAUACUGGAACACAAAUGUAAAUUGGCUCUUGGGUGAAAGGGAGUCAAUACCACUGGCAGAAAUAAAGUACACCAAUGCCUUUAGAAACUGUACACACUUUCGGGAUCUUUUUAAAGAUGGUAAAAUAAGUUCCAAAGGUUUGUCGGCCAAACAGGUUUUAAGUCUGUUGAAUUUGGUGUAUUUGCCUUUUUUAAUUUUGCAAAUAAAAUUUCAGUUUUUAUGUA